UUAUGCAACGUCACCGUCGCUGGAUCUAACAGACUAACUAAACUACAUAGUUUGAAACCAAUUGCAUUUAAUUUCAGUGAUAUAUUUUUUAAAGUUUCCACACUCGCAAAGUUUACAUAGACAAGAUGCUCCGAACGUGUCAGCGUGCUUUGCAACGCAACAGCCAAAGCUUUUUAGCCAAUCAGAGGCAAGAACUUCAAGAAAAAUUACAGAGCCGGUCUUUUAGUGUAAAGGGUGCCAGCACAAUGGACAAGUUUGAUUUGCCCAAACGGCUGCAGGGCAGCGUCUCCAGCGUUUGGAACGAAUACAUAACACUUGCCAUGAAGUACAAUCCGUUGAACUUGGGGCAAGGAUUUCCCGACGACGCACCGCCCAGCUAUGUCACUCAAUCCCUUGCUGACAUUGCCAAGGAUGCGAAUCCUUUGCUGCACCAGUACACACGUGGAUAUGGUCACGUUCGCCUUGUACAGGCACUGGGAAAGCUCUAUAGUGGACUGAUAGGACGCGAACUGAAUCCACUAAACGAUAUACUGAUCACAUCAGGUGCCUACGAGGCUCUUUACUCCACCAUUAUGGGUCAUGUGGAUACGGGCGAUGAGGUCAUUAUAAUUGAACCCUUCUUUGACUGCUACGAGCCAAUGGUUAAAAUGGCAGGUGGUGUGUCUCGAUUUAUUCCGCUCAAGCUGCAGUGCAAAACGGAAGGUCCAAUUAGUUCAGCCGACUGGGUUCUGGACGAUGCUGAGUUAGAGCAGCUGUUCAAUGCGAAGACCAAAAUGAUUAUCUUGAACACGCCACACAAUCCCACUGGCAAGGUGUUCCAUCGCAAGGAGCUUGAGCGCAUUGCUGAGCUGUGCCGAAAGUGGAAUGUGCUUUGCGUAUCGGAUGAAGUCUACGAAUGGAUGGUGUUCGAUGGCGUUGAGCACAUACGGAUAUGCACGUUGCCAGGAAUGUGGGAGCGCACCAUAACCAUUGGAUCAGCCGGCAAAACAUUCUCCGUGACCGGCUGGAAAAUUGGCUGGGCCUACGGUCCGGAAAAUCUCAUAAGAAAUUUGCAAAUGGUGCAUCAGAAUUCCGUGUACACAUGUCCCACACCCCUGCAAGAAGGCGUGGCGCGCAGCUUUGAAUUGGAACUGACGCGUCUCGGGAAACCGGAAUGCUACUUCUGUAGUUUACCGCGAGAGUUGCAAACCAAACGCGAUUUUAUGGCAAAAUUCCUAAGCGAUGCUGGAAUGCGUCCGACAAUACCAGAGGGUGGUUAUUUCAUGUUAGCCGACUGGUCGCCGCUGGCCCAGAAAGUCGAUUUGAGCUCAGAGCCGGACAAAUAUCGUGACUACAAGUUCACCAAGUGGAUGACGAAGAAUAUGGGCUUGCAGGGCAUACCACCCAGUGCCUUCUACAGUGUGCCAAAUAAGAAUUUGGGCGAGGAUUUUGUACGCUAUUGCUUUAUAAAAAAGCAGGAGAAUCUGGACAAGGCAGCUCAGCUACUACAGAACUGGAAAUAGCUCGUGCACAAUUAAAGAGGUGAAUUGUAUAUUUUUGUUACGCCAAUAAACGAAUUUCCUUUGAAUACUAA